GCAAACACAACCCUCGUAUAGGCACAAUGGCUCCCAUUUUUGCCCUACCUAAUGAGCUUAUACUCUCUGCACUCUCUGCACGCUUUCCCUGUCGAGAACAGCAGAUUCGAACCCUAGCUACGCUUGUUUCAAUCAGAGGAGCAGGCAGUCGCAAUACAGUCAUCCAUGGCCUCGAAGCCACGGGUAAGAGCGCAAUCACCAAAGCCCUUCUUGAAGAGCUUUCAAAUUCAACUACCAAAGGCCAAACGAAUGGCACCCGGCAUAACGACAACCUUCGAUUUGCAAUUGUGAAGAGUGCAGAAUGUAUUAGUGGCAGGCAUUUACUGGAGCAGACCGUGGGCGCUGUAGCUAAGGCGGUGGAAUGGAAUGAUAAUGUUGGGCGUUGCGAGAAUUUGGCACAGCUGGCUGUUGAGCUGGGAAGACUGGUGGACAAAUGGGCGACUUCUAGAGAGGAAGAGGAAGCACGCAAGUUCGUGCUGGUCUUCGAUGGCAUUGAUCGUCAGCGAGAUGCUCCGCCGACGCUACUCCAAGCUCUUGGAAGAUUAGGAGAGAUUAUCCAAAACCUCACUACAAUAUUCAUUGUAACUUCUCCACGUCCGAAUCUUCUCCAUAUCCCAGGCGUACCACACAUCUCCUUUCCAGCAUACACGAAACCCGAACUCCUCCAAAUACUCAGUUUCACAACACCAACACCCGAGCUGCCUAAAGAGACCAAAGAGACUUGGUCCAGAUAUUGCUCCGCAGUCUGGGACUCCCUAUCCAAACACUCAGGACGAGACGUCAUAUCAUUCCGCUCCGUAUGCUUGCGUCUCUGGCCACGCUUCAUCAAGCCCAUCCUCGACGGCUCCCUAAACCCCUCGCCGUUCUCACGACUGCUCCUAGCGAACCGCUCUUUCUUCCAAAGCGACUCAGCAUUACUCCACAAUCUCGUGUCCGACACCAACACAGCCUCAGGACAAGCCACUUCUAAUGCCCUCACAAGUUCAACAACAGCCAAGAACAAAUACACCGGCAUCGGCGCCCAACUUCCCUACUUCUCCCGCCUCCUCCUCGUAGCCGCCUACCUCGCGUCCUUCAACCCCCCCAAGACAGACACCACCUUCUUCAUGAAAGCCUCUGCCUCCAAGCGCCGCAAAAAGGGCGGCGGCACCGCAUUGACGAAAGGCCGACCAGGCGUCACAAAGCACCGGAAAAUAGCUAGGAAACUUCUCGGUCCGCAGGCGUUCGUGUUGGAGAGGAUGUUAGCGAUUUUUCAUGCGAUUAGAGAGGAUGCUGAUGGUGGGGCGAGAGGGAGAGGUAAGGCGAAGGGGAAGAGGGUGGAGGGCGCGGCGGAUGUGCAGAUGGCGGUUGCGACGCUGGCGAGUUUGAGGUUGUUGGUUAGGAUGGGGAGUGCUGGGAGUGUGGAUGUGUUGGAUGCGGGGACGAAGUAUAGGGUUGCGGUUGGGUGGGAGGUGGUUAGGGGGAUUGCGAGAAGUGUUGGGGUGGAGGUGGAGGAUUAUUUGGCGGAGUAGGAGAGGGUAUUAGUUGUCCGUUAGACGACAGAGCAUAGAACGGAUAUAGAUAUGAUAUCCCCACCUUCUGUUCUAAUCUUUGAGAGCCUCUCUGAAGGCUACCUGUCUGCUCUGGCUACAUUUAGUACGUUCUGGUAUAUAUGCUUCAUCGGCUGCACCUAGGGAGGGAUUGAGAGAGAGCUGUUCCGCCUUCUCUACUCAUAACGUUCGAUUACCGAGACGCUGUAAACAAGCCAAGUCACAUCCAGUAUGUCGCAAAUUACACCCACGAUAUUCACCUCACCUCACAUCACCCCCA